ACACGCACACACGCGCCGCGCCGUCACACCGACAGACUGUCAAACAAAGUUUUCCCCCAAAACGCGGUUUCGACGCAGGAGUUUUCGCAGCGGAAAAAGCAUGCCGGAAAACAACAAAUGGGACCUAAUGCUGGCCCUGUUCAUCGACAAGAAGGACAUCUUCAAGCGGGAGAUAUUGGUGUACCAGAGCGAACUCACCACUGUCCAGCUUCUGUACCAGGUGCCCGUGGUUCGGCAACUUUUCUCGCGCUGGAUCCAGUCGCUGGCGGUGAGCAACAAGCGGAACGAGGAGCAGAGCAAGAUGUUCCGGGAGCGCGGGAACGAGCUGUACAAGAGUAAGCCGCCCAAGUACAAGGAGGCAAUUGAAUUCUACACGAAAGCUAUAUACAUCGCGCCCAGCAACAGUGUGGAGCUCGCCUUGGCGCACGCCAAUCGCGCCGUGGCUCUGAUGGCUGUUAAAUACUUCCAGGAGGCCUAUGACGACUGCGAGAUGGCGGUGAAGUUCUCCUAUCCGAAGGAGAACAUCCUCAAGGUGCUGUUCCGACUGGCGGCAUGCUCGGCGGAACUGAGGGACAGGAAUCUUCUGCAGAAGGACAUCAAGUCGAUUGAGAAUGAGCUGAAGAAUCACAAGAACCACAAUCCGCACAUCAAGAAAUUGAUGGAGUACAAAACGAAGCUGCAGGAUCUGAAGAAGUUCGUGGAGGAGUUCAAGCAACAGCAAAAACUGCCAUCGAAGAACAUUGUUGAGAAGUAUACAGAGGAGCAGGGACGAUUCGUGACGGCGGCUGAGAAGAUAAAGCGUGACGAUGUGAUCCUCACGGAGAUAGCCUUUGCCUUUGUGCCUGUCUACGAGAACUACCCGGAAGACACGAUUGACACCGACUGCCAGAACUGUGCCAAAGUCAAUAUUGUUUCCUUCCCGUGCUAUGACUGCUACAAGGCGACCUACUGCUCCACGAAGUGCCGCAAGGAGCACGAAGGCAUUCACAGUGUGGAGUGCUAUGGGUACAAGAGGAACCUGUGGUACUACAUCGGCAUUGCCCACUUGUCCGUGCGCACCUUCCUCGCGGGCUUCCCUGAACUGGUGGAGCGGCUGGAGUGCGAGACGACCUGCACACUGUCCGAACUGUGGCGAAAGACACUGGAUCUCUGCACCGAUGAGACAUUCAGAUACGGUCGCGUGUUGCGUCUCGUGAGCAACUUCGAGAAGAUGAGCGAGUCCACGGACUUCAUUAGAUACUCCCUCACUGCCACGAUGCUCACUGUGUACUUGAGGGAGAACACCAAGUUCUUCGAUCAACUGCCACCGGUUUGCGAGAAGAUCCUGGAGAAUCGUCAGAACUGGGAGAUCUUCGUGGGCUCCCUCAUAAUGCUCCACAUGGGACAACUCGUGAGCAAUGGGCAUUCUAUCACUGACCUCCGAACCACUUUGGCAUCGGAGAUUGACUGCCUCGAUUCCCACAAUAUGAUGGUGAAGGUGGGAAAGCUGCACUGCUACGUGAGGAGCACGCGCAUCUUUACGGGACUCUUUCCGCGCAUCAGCAUGCUCAAUCACUCGUGCAAUCCCAAUGUGAGGAACAAUUUUGACCGAAAUCAGCUCACGUUGAGCGCCACCAAACCCAUCAGUAAGGAUGCGGAGAUUUUCAACUGCUACGGACCAAGCUACAAGCUCAUGAACACGGCGGAUAGGAGGAAGGGCCUUAGGGAACAGUACUGCUUUGAGUGCUCGUGCGAGAAGUGCAGUCAGGAGCCUGAGGAUCGGUCAUAUCAUCAAUACUACAUUUGUGAAAUAUGCAAGAACAAGAUCUACAUUGACGAGUCAAAGAACUUCUGGUGGCGAAACCUGGAGCUGAAGCCCAAGAUUGAUUGUGAGACGUGUGGAUUGAGGGUGAACUUCAGUUGGUUCAAGCUCUUCAUGUCGCAUUUGGGUGAGAUUGAGUCAGAGGGCAAGGUGAGCAAUUCCUUUGCCAAAGUGUGUGAGAUUUUCGCUUCCACGGACAAGUGCAUGGGCAUUCACAAUGAACUGAGACAAGAUGUGGGCAUCAUGAUUCUCUGUCACUUCAUCCCCUUUCUUAGUUCCUACGUGUCAUUCAAUGAAAAACUCACUCAAAUUGCCACGGAACUGCUGAAGCUGCGCGAAGAGAAGUUCGGCAUUUACAGCAUAGAGUUCAUCAUUGCCAGUACGUAUUUGCUGGAUCUGAUGGCGCUGCAGCGGAAGCUGAAUCUUAAGACCAACACAGACUACGGUGUAAAUCACAUUCGCAAGGCAUUUCAGAUCUUGUCAAAGGACACGCAGGCCAUUCUCAACAGCUACAUUAAUUGCAACAUUGUGAGCAGUAUGAGCGACAAGUGAGCAACAU